AGUCACCGGGUCAAACUGGUUGCUCCAAAAAUGGCACACCUACUGCCCCACCGGUCUCUGAUUGAUAUAAUUAAUCAGGUCAAACGUCGUUAUCAUCACCAGAAUCAGUCUCCACUCCCAUUUUGUAGCUCGUAUAAUUGCUACCAACAGUACUCCAAUUCUAUAUCUGCUUCAUCACUCCGUUAUUUCUACUACUUCCCCUGUUUAUGGCUGUUAAUCCGAUCGAUUCAUACUAAAUUCAAGUCUCUGUGUGUUUGGUUAGCAAUUUGAUGGAUUAUUCUAACCAGCCGAUUGAGCUCAGGGCUUUGGAUUCUUUGGGAUUAGGGUUUGAUGUUGCGAGCGAUUUUCGGUUAAAAUUCGCGAAAAGUUGUCCUGAUGGUGGACGGUUAGUGGAGCUGGAUGAAUCGAGGAAGAGAGACAUUGUUCUUCCAGGCUGUGGCACCACCAUUUCUGGGGUUUCUGAGGAUAUUCGUUGUGAUAAAGGAGAUCGUAUUCGCUUUAAAUCGGAUGUUUUGGAAUUUAACAAGAUGUCAGAAUUACUUAAUCAAAAAUCAUCAAUACAAGGAAAAGUCCCAUCAGGAUACUUCAAUGCCUUAUUUGAUCUAAGUGGAGCAUGGUUAAAUGAUGUCACAGAUGCCAAAUAUCUUGCUUUUGAUGGUUACUUUAUCUCUCUCUACUAUUUGCAUCUAACAUCAUCUCCAUUAGUACUCAAAGAAAGUGUCAAGAAAUCUGUUCCAACUUUCUGGAAUCCAUUGAUACUAGCUAGAUUCAUUCAAACUUAUGGCACACACAUUAUAGUGGGAAUGGCUGUUGGAGGUCAAGAUUUAAUCUGUGUUAAACAAAAACCCUCUUCAACUAUUUCUCCUGCAGAUCUUAGGGGAUAUUUGGAUGAUCUUGGAGAUAGUUUGUUUUCAGAUGGGAGGAGUCCUUCUCUAAUAGAGAGAAAAACAAGAGAUGGAAAACAAAAAGUUCCAGAUGUGUUCAACCGUAUGUUGCAGCCACAUACAAUGCAAUUCACUAAUGUUACAGAAACUUCAAGCAAGGAUGGCCUCACAGUUAUCGAGUGUAAAAGAGGUGGAGAUGUAUUUUCAGACACUCACUCAAAAUGGCUUCAGACAGUUGGAAAUAAUCCUGAAGCAAUGCUCUUUAAAUUUGUGCCAAUUACUUCUCUUCUUAAUGGGAUUCCAGGGAGUGGAUAUCUUAGUCAUGCAAUCAACUUAUAUUUACGUUAUAAGCCUGCUCUAGAAGACUUGCAAUGUUUCUUGGAGUUUCAAGUUCCUAGACUAUGGGCACCUCUGUUUUGUGAGCUACCUCUUAGACAUCAAAGAAGAAAGACAUCUUGCCCUCGGCUACAGUUUAAUUUCUUGGGCCCCAAGAUUUAUGUCAGCACAACUCAGGUUAUAAGCGACGAUAAACCCGUAACGGGUCUCCGUUUAUUUCUCGAAGGCAAAAAACACAACCGAUUAGCAAUGCACGUACAACACCUCUCAAGCCUCCCCGACACCAUGACACAAAACUCCCCAAAACCCACCACACCACCUCAAUGGCGAGGCUCCGACGAUUCCGAUUCCAAUCCCAAUUCCAAUUCCAAUUCCAAUUCCAAUUCCAAAUUCCUGGAACCAGUCCGAUGGAAACGCUAUUCCAACGUCUGCUCCUCCAUAGUCAAACACGACCCAAACUGGCUACAACAAAGUCAAACACCCGGAGUCUUCAUAGUAACCGGGGCCCAACUCAUAACAAAAGGAAAAUGGCCCAAAACCAUACUACACCUCCGUUUACUCUUCACCCACUUGCCCAACUGCUCCAUACGUAAGACUGAGUGGGCCGGUGCACCCGUGGCUCGCAAGUCGAGUCUUUUCACGAACCUGAGCUCGACUUUUACCACCUUCACACGUGGCUCGGUGGCUAAUGCUGAGAAGCAAGUGGGUGCGAUGGUGAACUCGGGUGUGUUUCCUGAUAGCCCACCGGUGCCGGUUCGGUUCACGAAGUUGUGGAAGUUUGUGGACACGGAUGAGGUGGCACGUGGGCCACAGGACUCGCCGGGUCAUUGGUUGGUGGUUGCGGGGAGGUUGGUUGUGGAUGGGGGGAAGAUCGGGUUGCAUGUUAAGUUUGCUUUGUUAGAUUUUGGAAAUGAGUUGUAACGGUUUUUGUUGUGUAUAUGAUGAGUAUGUAAUAUGUUUGAGGUUUAGUCUUUUGGUUAUUUUGUCUUACAAAUGGGGUUUUUCUAGAUGGGGGUUGUAACUUGUAAGUGCAUGAAUUAAGUGGUUGCUUGUUGGAUAUAUAA